CGUCGAGUCGUCGAGCCAUGGCGCUUCAAGACGUGUUCGAGAAUUUCAAGAAAAGCAAGGCUGUGCUGAAAAAAGUUCACGAUGACACAGUAGAAUACUUCGGUGAAAUCGUUCGAAAGCUUUCCGAUAAAGGCACUGCAGAUAUUGCAGAAGAACUUCGCUACAAAACCUUAGCCGUGCAAGCUUCUCCAAACGAAGUUCAAGUAAUGGUUCAAACAGCGGCAAUGGCGGAUGUUCAUCUGGAGUUCGAUAACGCCCUUGCUGAACUGCUUUACACAGCUAAGGAGAAGAAGAAAGUUACCGAUUUGUUUGAUCAGGAGCCGGCACUCAUUUUUGUCGGGCAAACCAACUGCGGAAAAAGCUCCAUAAUCAACGAGCUCCUAGGUUGUAAAGCGCUUCCUACAUCAGAUCAACCGAGCACCGCGAGAAUUGUUCGCGUUUGCCACGCCGAGGAGCCUUAUUGUCGCCUGGUUGACAUAGAUGGUAAAACCUUGGAAGAGAUAAAGAUGAAAGGCAAGAAUGGAAACAUAAUCCCUCGAAAGAAGAUCGAGCUCAAAUCAGAGGAUCGUGGUGACCCUAGUAAAGUGGGAGCGAUCGUGGAGACCGGUUUAAAUAUCGAGUUCUUGAAGUGUGGUGUAACCAUCAUUGACUCCCCUGGAAGAAAUGAAAAUAAAGCGCUGGACAACUUGGUAAAAAAGCAGCUGGAAAAUCCCCAGGCGUUUGUUAUUUACGUGGUGGAUGGACAUGAUCUCUUUACUGAGCAGGAUAGAGAGGUCCUGAAUGAAAUGACAUCCACAGGGACCGAUUCAACGAUUUUUUUCGUUGUUAGCAAACUGGAACCAGAAGAUCGUACCGAAUCAUCAGAUGAGGACGAUGAAUCAAGCCGUCAUGCAGCAUCAGCGAAGGCACGGAAAAUGCGAGAGAAGGAAAGAGAAGUACAGGAAAGAAAGAAGACACGGGUGUACGAGCGGCUUGUCAAAAACGGCCAUUUUUCUUCUCAACAGCCCAUGAAUCAAAACGAGCAAUUCCAUGGGUUGUCAGCUUGGCGCAUUAAGAAGUACCACGCUAUGAAGAAGAAAAAUCCCAAAGCUUCUUUCGAGGAGUUUACGGAUUACACGGAAGCCUUUGAAAGAUUUCAAAACAGCUUGAAAAAGUUCGCUGAAGAAUCUCUUCGUGCAAGGGUCGAGUGUGUGUGCAAAACCCUCGUGCGUGUUCUAUCCAGAUGCCUGGAUUUCUUCAUUCAGAAAGCCAAUGUUUUGAAAAGGGGAAAGAAGCAAAUAUUGAAGACGUUGGAAAGACUUUUGCACGAGGAACAGCAAGUUCACGAGAACAUAAUCCGCGAUCUGCAGGACGAAAAGCGGGCCAUAUAUAUACAAGAACUGCUCAGUGAUGCCAUAAUUGGAGCUAGAGAUGACAUCCUAAAAGAGGCAGGAGAUUUUGAAUACGCUUUGACCGAAUUUUCCAUUCCGUCAAGUGGCCAUGUAAAAGAGAAAGCAGCUGUGACUUGCUGUCAGGACCAGAUUGAGCGGAUGGUGGUCAACAAACUCCAGGGAGAGAUCAAUCAAACGUUAACAAUGAUUUUCCGCUCCAGAGAUCUGUUCCUUGUUCACCUCAAAGACGACGUAGAGCAAAUUCAAAGAGAAAUUACCAGAGAUAAUGAAAUUCCAUCGGCAGCAAUAGCUCUUGGCAAAAGCCUUCUUUCUUCUUACGAAGCUCAAAUCACGUUUUCACAACACGACGGAACUUUUUCCCAUUUCAUAAAGAAAUCAAUCGGGUGGUUUUACAAGGUGAUUUGUAAUCCGAUCGGCACACUUACGAAGGCCAUCAGUGGAGAGGUUCCUGUUGGCUCGAAGAAAUGGAAGACAAAUGUUGCUUCAGAUGUCCUCGCGAAAGUAGAUCCAUCUGACAUGGCUCAGACAAUCACCACCAGCUUGAAACAGCACUUUUGUAAAUGCCAUAAAGAGUUCACCGGUGAAAUAGAAAAAGUCCAAGGACUGUUCGAUCGCGGACAGACCAUCAAGGAUAUGCAGAGGGAAACUGUUCUUGGCUUUGCUCCCAGUCUUGCUCUUCUUGAGAUGCUGGCAUAUGGUGUCAUGGACAGGUUCAAGUUUGGUUUUCCAGCUAAAGGAGAGCGCAUUGGGACCGGUGCACAGGGCGAGGUCUUCGCCUGUGACAACAUUAAAACUCCAGAAGGAAGGCCCUGUGUUGUUAAGGUGGUAAGUGUCGCUUCAGAGGAGGUGCUCAAGGACUUGACCCUGGAACUUCAUAGUACCAGAGCUCUCCACCAUCCGAACAUUCUACCAGUUAUGUGCACCGUAGUGGAGUCCAACCCAACUCGUGGCCUUUCUGUGCAACUUGUCUCGGAGCGAAUGAGAUGCGAUCUUGAUGAUGGCUUAGCGGGUAUACCCUCCCUGAGAAAGAGGCUUGAGAUAGCUCUUGGCGUUGCCAAAGCCUUGCAGUAUCUUCACGGAGAGGAGCUGAUCCAUCGCGAUGUUAAAAUGCAAAACGUCUUGUUGGACGAGAAAAACAACGCCAAGUUAACAGAUCUGGGUCUCUGUAAACCCGAGGGUCUCAUCAAUAACUCGUUGGUUGGUACUCCUCUCAAUAUGGCGCCCGAAAUGAUGAAACAACAGUACGACAAAUCCAUUGAUGUGUAUGCGUUCGGUAUGUUGCUCUGGCGAGUGUGCGAAGGCCAGGGCAACCUACCAAAGAAUAUACACCGCCACUUUAACCCUCUGGUUAUGCUCGUGAUGAAUGCAUGUGACAACAAGACGCCAGAGAGAUUGGACGUGUUUCCAGAACAAUGCUGGCAACUCAUGGAAAGGUGCUGGAAUCAGGAUCCCGAAGCAAGGCCAUCAUUCGACAUCGUGGUUGGGGACUUGGAAGCGUUCCUAGCGGAGAUGCGGGAUCAGUAGUAGCCGUAUGGGGCAUAAUUGAUUCUGCAUCUAUUAAAAAAAAAACUUAAUUCAUCUUUUUUAUUUGUACAAGAAACGAGACUAAGCACUGAUAACGCGAUCCGUACCUCGGUAUAAACGAAAGCAACUCUACCUUCCGCUCAGCUGACGCUGAGCCAUAUUGUACCGAAAAAACGGGAAUUCCCCCCCCCACCCCUCACCCCUGGCAUACUUAGAAAACAUAUGCAUACGACACCAAUAUGCGCACUACGAAUAAGGAACUUAGUUGCGCAAUUGCCUUUGAUUACACGACCUCUCCAGUAAUGUUGUGCUAAUCUUGUGACUAAAUUUUGUAUUGUUAGCCCUUAGUAAAGAGUUUGUAAUAAAUUACUUGUAAAGUUGGAACCUUCGAGCUGGAAGUGUGACGCCCUCUAACCGAUUUAGUACCCUUCGGGCGACACAUUACAGCUGACGAUCGAUCACACGCCUGCUUCAAAAACACGGCACUUGUACUGUAGUUUCUCUAAGUAGAGGCACAGACGGGAAAGUGGGGGCUUCUGCUGAUAGUCUACCACAACUGAACCAGUUACCAAUUUCCUCGAAUGAGCGCUCGCCCGGCUAAAUAGAGGGGGGGGGGCUCAUUGAAAGGGGGCCCCUUACUGAGUGAGCGCAGAAAAAAAAAGCAAAUAAAUAAAGAACACUGCACGCAUAAGGAGAUAGAAAUAACUGGAGGUGACUUUAACAGAAAAGAAACCACUCUCUGGUGCUGAUUCUGCUGUUGUUAAAGCUUAAAAAGUCAUAAAUAAAGUGGCAUUAGAAGCAGGUUUUCCUUGUAACCCCACAGUAGAAAGUGAGGAAUGAGCAACGCUAAUUCGAUGGGCGCACUUGCAUAACAUUGUGCCUUGGGUAAGAGCGCCUAUUCAAGGUAUACGGUAUAUCCAGCACACAUUUUUUUGAGGUUCCACUACUGUUUUGUUCUAUGAAUUAACUCCCAUUGUCCUUGUAAAGGCGGUUCGUUGUUCCAGUUGAAAAGUCGGGAAACAGAGUAUAGUAUACAGCUUCCCUAAAGCCUACCAGGGGUAGUAGAUCUAAAAGAGUUUUUCCUCUAACAUAACCAAGCGUGCGGUGGUGGGGAAGGGAAGUUUGAGUGGGUUUGUUGAAAUAUUCAUUCAAUUUUCAGUUAGCGAGCACUUAACCCUUUAACUCUCAUGAUUGACCAAGAGAGAACUUCUCCUUACAACAUCAGUACGUUAUUCAGAAGAAAA